CCGAGAGAAACGUCACCGACAGAUCUCGUGCCCUCGUCUGGUGGUCGCUGUUACAAAGGAGUGUGACUCUCCACGCCCAGUGAAAGGUCCUACAAUGUGACAAUCGAUCGAUAUCGAACUGGACUCGUGUACACUGGACCCGGCAGCAGAAUGACGGACCUACCGCCACACCUGGCCUCCCAUUCGUACACAGCUAAAAAGACGGUGGCAAAAGGUUUCCUUGACCUAGCCCUGUUGCUAGCCAACACGUCUCAGCUGAGGUCAGUCCUCGAGGUCCCGUUUGAGCUGAGGACGUGGACAUUCUGGCCGCUGGUGGUGAUGUUGGGGCUGACCCUGUUGCUGCAUUUAGUGACGGGGAUCAUCAUGUACGUCAUGGAGACGAUACUGGCUGAUAGCGAGGAGGAAGAGAGGCGGGCUAAAACACUCAACAAUGUAUCAAUCGGUCUCAUUGCUACCAUAGCCUUGCUCAAUACCUUUAUUACAGGAUUCGGGAUCUCUUUUACUGAGGACAUAUCUGAAUAACACUCAGGGUAGAUAUCUCGAGUCAUGACUGUAGGUGAGACAUGUUGACCUCCUCGUAGUCACGUGCCAAUUAGAAAGUGUAUAUCCGAUGAAAUCCACUUGUUACUGAACUGGUCAAUAUGUGCAACAGCCUGGAAUGGAAAAUGUUCUCGAGUUAAAACGCUGUGAACUCAUAUGUCAGUCUUAUUAUAAGGAUAAAAUACUAUGUAUUCGUAUAUCAGUGCCACGGAAUAAUUUUCGAUGGAUAAUAUGAUGUUUAUUCAUUGAUGAAUCUCAUGAACACAUUUAUCCAUGUUUAAAAUGAUAUUUGAAUGGCAUUUAGAAGAGAUACACAUAAGGAAGAGAGUUUUCAUGGACGUCAACUUAUUUCAUAAGCGAAAAAACAACGUUUCGGAGUAUAUCCUUACUCCUUCACCAUUCACCUGAUGAAGGAGUAAGGAUAUACUCCUAAACGUUGUGUUCCUCACAAUAAAGAAGUUGACAUCCAUGAAACUCUCUUUGUCAUGUCUAAAAUGGUGUAUAUGUUAGUUUGUUAAUUUCACAAUGCCAUGAUGGAUAAAAUCCUGAAAAUGGCCAGGUAUAUCAAAUAUCAGCAUACAUGUAGUUAUGUAAGGUGUUACACCUGUUAAUUCACAUUUGUUUUCAGUCAUUCGCCUCCCUGCAGGUACUGUUUGUCACUAGUUUGUGUGAUUCAUACCAUCGAGGGUUAUAAUGAAUGAUGAAACAUGUUAAUGUUUUUCAGUUAAGUAAUAUGUCAGUGUUUAAAGAUCCAUUGUAAAUGUGUAUAAUUAUUUUAAUUCAUACCAUCUCCUUUGCAUAUUUCUUGUUUGAAUGUGUAUAUUGAAUAAAGCAUAAACUAUGAAA